GCUGGAUGCAUUACCAGCCUGUGGGUCUGAAAACUGUAUCCUGCUAUUAACCGACUUAAUGAGGAACAAAGAGCUGGAGGACGAGCAGGCUCAAGCGUUUCUCACCACCAUAGCCCUCAUCCCUCAUCCAUCACCACCGAUCAUCAACUCCAUCAAUGUCUUAAUGCAGGUCUCGGAGCUGCAGUCUAAGGCGCUGUUAUCAGGAUCAGCUCUGAUUUAUCAGUUGUGCCAGAAGUCUCACACCUCCUGUAGUGAACUUCCAGAAGUACAGACCUUCAUGCAAACCCUUAAAGAAAUGUUGAAGGAGAACCCAGAGGGUGAACAACACACUCAAGAUAAGCUUUUUUAUGUACUCAAAUCAGUGGGAAAUACUGGCAUGAAUGCUCCAGACCUCAUUCCUCUGAUAAACCGUAUCAUGCUGAGCCGCUUAACUACACUGGAGCUGAGACUUGUUGCCAUCCAGGCCUUCAGACGCUUUCCUUGUUCAGCUGAUAGAUCUUUGCUGUUGCAGCUGUAUCACUCCUCCCAGGAGGAUCCUGAGGUCAGAAUCGCUGCAUACCAGCAGCUCCUGCGUUGCCCUGAUCAGAAUCUGUUUGAAGUGGUGAAGAUGACGCUGAGGAACGAGACCUCCAGCCAAGUGGGCUCAUAUGUGUGGAGUCAUCUAACUAAUGUCCUGAGGAGCGAAGACCCCAUGAAGCAGGCUCUGAUUGAGUUGCUACCUGAUGACAUCAUCAGCAGAGAUUUUGAAGCUGAGUUUAUGAAAUACUCCUCCUAUUCAGACAGCACAUUUUCAUCAGGCAUGGGAGUUACAAAUGUGGAAACAUCUUUGGUUUUCUCAUCCAAAUCUUUUCUACCAAGAUCGGCCUCUGCAAACCUGACAGUGUAUUUCCAUGGUAGGGCUCACAACAUCCUGGAGGUGGACCUUCAUGUUGAAAAUGCUGAACCAAUUUUGAAGAACAUGUUUGGUUACCACGACUCUGAUGGAGAAUCUCAACCUCAAAGUCAAACACAGUCCAGAGAGGCGAUGAGGACGAGGAGAAAGACAGAUGACAGACGUGGAGGAGAAAAAGAAACAUGCUUGUCCAGCUCCAGCAGUUAUCUGGAGCAGGCCAGGGCCAUGCUGUUUGGCAGAAGAAGAGCUGAGAAGAACAGGCUGAAGUGUUGGCUCGGUGUGAAGGUGUUUGGAAACGAGCUCAGUGUGUUUACUUGUGAAGAUCUGUACAAUCAAAUGAACCAGCUGUCUUUGAACGCAGCAGGGCUCGUUGUAAAACUGCUCAAGGGUCAGGAGGUUCAGCUGAACCACAGAGCUGUGCUGAUGACAGAGGAGCUGAUUUUACCAUCUCUGUCUGGGUUACCUGUCAAACUUGGCAUCAACAUGACAUCCAUACUUUCACUGCGUCUAAAAGGCAACAUCAACUAUAGAGAUGUGUCUCACUUCUCCCUGUCUGGAUAUAUUAAACCUGAUGCCCAUGUGGGGCUGUCUGUCAGGAUGGGGGUGGACGGGGCUCUGGGCCAGGCUGCAGUGGACUGGGUCUCUGAACUGAGGAGCUCCACAAGCAUGGACGGCAGCAUUCAGCUACAGGAAGGGAGAGAUCUCAGAGUCACACUGAACACGCCAGAGGACAUUAUGGACAUCAUCUCUAUCAGCUCCAGAGUGUUUCAGCUCAGUGGAGACCACAGAGAAGAGAUCAAGGGGCCAAAGAGUCGAGUCCAGAAGACCACCUGCACACCAAAGACAUGGUCUAAGAUGGUUGGCUGGCAGCUUUGUUCCAACGCUUCCUAUCCGUUUCCAGCUACAGGUGUUCCUCUUCCUCCUCCAGGACCGCUUCAUUUCUCCCUCAGGAUGCUGAAACUGGACAGAGGACUCCAUUAUUACCUGUUGGAGGCAGCCUACUCACUUUUUCCUCAGAGAGGCACCUGGCUACCCAGAGAGGCCUCUCUCCACCUCCUCCUGGCCACACCUCAGUCCUCCAUCCCUAGGGACAUGUCUCUGGACUUGACCUUUAACCCUCGCAGACUGCUGCUAAGGAUGACUCAUCCUCUGAAAACCAUUGUCAUACAAGGUUUGUCUUAG